AUGAAGCUUCCUGACUAUCUAACAGGGGGACUACUUACCCUGGCCACCCUGUUGUGCCUGUGUUGUUCCUCAGAUGGUCUUACUCCUACUUCCCCCCUUCUUACCCCCUCGUCCUCUCCUCUCUCCUGCAUUGGUGCAUGUGUCCUGUUUUGUCUGCGGGUGCUGUGGGCAGCAGAGGAGGAACUAUACGGGGAGAAGAUACUUUCAGUUGACAGCCUGACCUCAGGUGGUCUCCACCUGUCAGAGGCUCCAGCAUUCACGUAUCCAAUAGUAGCGAAUUUCGUUAGAAUCACGUGGACCUGCUACACCCUGAACACCCUACAUAAUUAG